UGACCGUACACCUUCAAUCCAAAAGUCAACCCAUUGGUACAGCUCACGCGAGCUUUUGCACGCGUGCACACUUCUGAGAAGAGAGCACUGAAGACCAGAGCAGACGCUAAGACAAUGGCACAGGAGGCCGACUCCAUCCUGCACAGCGGCUACUUCCACCCCACUCUCAGAUACUGGCAGACGUGUGCAUCAGACCUCAAACCUGACAACCUCAUCUACCCCAUCUUCAUAACUGACAGUCCUGAUGCAGUGGAACCUAUUGCAAGCCUGCCAGGUCAAGCAAGAUACGGUAUUAAUAAGCUAGAAGGUAUGCUGCGUCCUCUUGUGGAAAAAGGCUUGAAAUGCGUGCUGAUUUUUGGAGUUCCUGCCAAAAUCGCAAAGUGUUUUUUCCUUCAGGAUGAGCGAGGCUCUGGGGCUGACACCGAUGACACUCCUGCUGUUCAAGCUGUGAAGAAACUGCGAGCUCUGUUCCCUGAUCUGGUGCUGGCUUGUGACGUGUGUCUCUGUCCUUACACGUCACACGGUCACUGUGGGAUCCUGCGUGAAGAUGGCACCCUGGAUAACGCAGCGAGUUGUAUGAGACUGGCAGAGGUGGCGUUGGCGUACGCACGUGCUGGUUGCCACAUUAUCGCUCCAUCCGACAUGAUGGAUGGACGGAUCGCAGCCAUUAAGCAAGCACUCAUAUCCAAUGAUCUUGGCAACAAGGUUUCAGUGCUGAGCUACAGUGCCAAGUUUGCUUCCUGUUAUUACGGACCUUUCAGGGAUGCCGCUCAGUCCAAGCCAGCUUUCGGAGACAGGCGAUGCUAUCAGCUGCCCCCUGGUGCCCGAGGACUUGCACUGCGAGCCUGUGAGCGAGAUGUAAAAGAGGGAGCCGAUAUGCUGAUGGUGAAACCAGGACUGCCUUAUCUUGAUAUUCUGAGGGAGGUUAAGGAUAAGCACCCGACACACCCCCUGGCGGUGUACAACGUGUCCGGGGAGUUCGCGAUGCUGUGGCACGGAGCGCAGGCCGGAGCCUUUGACCUGCGUACAGCCGUCCUGGAAGCCAUGACCGCCUUCCGUCGGGCAGGAGCAGACAUCAUCAUCACUUACUACACUCCUCAGCUGCUCACGUGGCUUACAGAGUGACAUGCCGCUCCGCUCUCAUGGAUUAGUUCUGAUUUAUUCCAAAGGGCAUUGAGAGUUGAUGAUAAAGAGAGGAUUCGCUGUAAUAGAGAUGAUGAUUUUUACAUUAUAGUACUUUUGGGGGAAAAACAUACAAUGUAAAUCCUUAUAAUAAUCCUUAUUAUCAUUAUUAAGCUAUGUUGAUAAAAAGUAAAUAUAGCACACUAACACCUUCUCAAAAACAGCUAGCUAUCAUCACACUGAUUAUUAUUAUUAUUAUGAUUUCUUUCUUUUUCUUUUUAUGAGUACCAGCUUUCUAAGCUCAACAUCUAGUUUACAAAUUAUAUUUAAAUGGGAAAUUAUGGGUUCGGUUGCUUUCAUGUCAAGUCUGUCACUGGAAUAAACACCAUUUUGUUCUGUAAUGUGAUAAA